CGGCUGCCGAAUGGCCCGUGAUCGUACGUUACCAGGCUCAAAUACCAACCCUCCAAACGCACAGAUUACUCCCGGCUAUUUCGCUUUUCGAAGCGCCAACCCAGUCAGUACAAUCCCGCAACUGCAUUGACAGACGCCAUGUCCAAGGCAACUGCGUGGCUGUCGACCACACUGGGGCUGGCGCACGCCUUAGCGGCUUGUCAAAGUCCUACUUUAGUAGGUCGUAGUUGCACGAGACCCGCUGGUGCGUGCCGACCCGCUGCUAUGUGAGGGGAUAUAACAAGAUAAGAAGGGGCACAACUCGCGAAAUGAUCUCCAGUGUGACUUUGAACAGAUAAGUUACGGUCAGUUUACCGCGACAACUAACGACAGCAUCGAAAGCUGGCAGACUCACAUUAGACAAUUGUCCGCGGACACCUUCAGCAUGGGUUCUUCCCAGCAAUCGUCCAUCGAGGAAGAGUUGGACUCUCUGUGUAUAACCCUUCAAUCGAUCCUCCCCCGCCUUCUCACCGCAUCACUCAAUCUCAACAGCCAGCCGCUCUUCAAGGUCGCCCAGACAUCUGAUUAUGAGCACUUGCGCCGGUUAAGCACGCCUGGGCCGCCCAGCGACAUCAAUCAGGUCAUUGACGAUGCAUUCGCCAUUGCCGAAUUUCGAGCGCGCAUGAGCCACCCAAGGGCCAUGGCAUUCAUCCCGUCAGCCGUAUCGCCUUAUGCUUGGUUGGGUGAUGUACUGGCCAGCGCUUUCAACACUUUUGCCGGAUCUCGGCUGCAGGGAUCUGGCUCGGGCAUCGUGGAGAAGACCAUGAUUGACUGGCUGGCGGGCAAGGUCGGGUUGCCAGGGACGGCCGGUGGUGUCUUUGUUUCGGGUGGCUCAAUGGGGAACCUUCUUGCCAUGGCCCUUGCCAGAGAUCACCGACUCCCGCGGGGGCAGCAGGCUACUGGUGUCGUGUAUGUCUCUGAGCAAACACAUCACUCUGUUAGCAAAGGUCUCCGUAUCAUUGGAUUCCACACCUCGCAGAUUCGGCACAUCCCCUCCGAUGACAACUUCAGACUGGACCCAAUAAAGUUGUCCGAGGCGAUACGAGCGGAUCGGGAUGCCGGACUGUUGCCCUUUGUGGUUGUCGCGUCGUGCGGCACAACCAACACUGGAGCCAUCGAUCCUCUGACUGAGAUCGCGGCAGUUUGUGGACGAGAGGGUAUGUGGUUACACGUUGAUGGCGCUUACGGAGCGUCUGCAUCACUGUCGACCACUCACAGCCACUUGACGGCGGGGCUCCGUCACGCGGACAGCAUCUCGUGGGACGCACACAAGUGGCUUUUCCAGACGUACAACUGCGGCAUCUUGCUUGUCAGGGACAGGAAGACGCUACUGAAGAGCUUCGCGUCCCAAGGUGACUACCUCCGCGAUGCGCUCGGGGAUGACGACGUGCCCAACUUUUGGGAUUGCGGUCUUGAGCUCACGCGCGGGGACCGGGCGACCAGGUUGUGGUUCACGCUUCGGGUCAUCGGGGAGAAGCGCUUUGGCGAUAUGAUAGACCACGGGUUCUUCCUGGCGGAGGCGGCAGAGGAGGAGCUCGGCAAGCUGUCAAACUGGGAGAUUGUGAGCCCAGCCAGUAUGGCUAUUCUGGCGUUUCGCUUUGUGCCCAGAGACAAGACGGACGCGCAAUGGAACGAGUUGAAUGUUGCCAUCUCCAAGCGCCUUGUGGCCGAGAACAUCGCGGGGAUACUUACGACAAAGCUGCGCGGGGUGGUUGUCCUGAGGAUGUGUGCCUUCAAUCCUUCGUUGGGUGUGGACGAAAUACGAGGCGUUGUGCAGCAGAUGGAUAGGGUGGCGAAGCAGGUUUACCUCGAACAUUCGAGCGCGUGAUCAAGGGAGCAAGCAACAGGCCGAAUGCCGCCGAGGAUUCGUCUCUACACCAAUGUGAUUUCGCC